AUGGCGGCGAAUGCGUCCAAAACCCGUUGCGGCCGUCGAGCGCCUUCUGCCGGUCAGUGUUCUGGUCAGUGGACGGGCGCUCUCUGUCAACACCCGAACCCCUGCUUCGGAAGCAACCGCUGUCUCAAUGGCGGCACGUGUGUAACGGUGGCCGCGCCCGCUGGCGCCUCGCACUCCUUCCCCUCAUUCAAGUGUUUGUGUCGUCUCGGCUACUCCGCCUCCCUGUGCGAAAUCCAGUUGCCAUCCGUGUGCGACCGCAACCCGUGUCUCAAUGACGGCAAAUGUCAGCUCAAGAACUCUCUGCAGGACUUCCAGUGCGUCUGCGCCGACGGCUGGACGGGAAGGCUGUGCGCUCUGGAGGACCACUGCGCGCAAAACCAGUGCAAAAACGGCGCUAAAUGCGUGUCCAAAGGUCGCGGCUACGACUGCGAGUGCGCCAAAGGCUUCUCCGGCCGCCACUGCACGCAAGACGUGGACGAAUGCGCGGCCGAAGACAUGUGUUCCGGAAACGGCUUUUGUCUCAACACUUUCGGACAC